AUGGCCUUGUUUCCCCACGAUGCUGGCGCUGGCGGAGGCACAGCGGCCGCAAACCUGACAAAGGCAAAUCAGGCGUGCUACUCCUGCCGUAAGCAGAAACGUAGAUGUGACAAGGCCCUGCCUGCCUGCUCCCUCUGCACACGGAUGGCGCGGCACUGUGACUACUCCGAGGUGCAGCCCGCACCCACUGCAGAAGACUUUGCCGUUCUUCAAGGGAAGUUAGCGGAAUUGGAAAGCCGGCUGACCUAUUCUGGCGGAUCCGAUGUCAGUUCCGGCCACCUCAGCCCGCCUAGCCGGUCUGCAUCACAUUCCGUGGCAACACCACAGCUACUUCAUCAGGAGCCGUUAUGGCAAGGCGGCCGCAGCAAUUUCCCCGCGGCUGUAUUCUUAGACUCUCGUAUGUUCCAAUGGAGCGGCUUUCAGCUACCUAAGCCCACAAUGGAGGUUCCUCCUUAUGUAUUACAAUGUAUUGGAAACGCAGAAGACCUGGAGCAAACUUUAUCCGACUAUUUUGACGAUAUCCAUCCAUGGUUCCCCAUUGUCUCGCGGAAACGCAUGGCUAUAGGCUACCAAAUAUGGGGAGAGACCGGCGGCGACAUAGCGCUAUUACUCCUGGCCAUGAAAUUAAUAACAUCGCAGCCUCAAAGAGGCUUCACUGCGUCCGAAAACUACCUGUACACCGCCGCAAAACAAUUCGUCGCAUUUUUAGAGAGCGUCGGCACUACGUCACUGGCAUAUUUACAAGGCAUUGUCUUGAUAGCACUAUAUGAAUAUGGGCAAGGCGUCUACCCGGCCGCUUAUAUGAGUGUGGGACAAGCUGUUCGGUAUGCGGAAUACCUGGGAUUGCCUUCUUACAAGAAUAGCAGCGCUAUGCUUGGCCACCCUAUGACAUGGGCAGAUGCCGAGGAGCGACGCCGCGUUUGGUGGGCUGUAUACAUAAUGGAUAAGUUGGUAUCGAUCGGCGCAUAUAGGCGGCCGAUGUGCCCCGAACCCUCCCCCGACGAGCUCCUGCCCACGAACGACAAGGCAUGGGAUCUGGGUGACAGUACAAGCGCAUAUCAACGGCCAGUUUCGUCGCCCUUCUCCGAGCCCCAAUCAACAUUUGGUCGGCUUUGCCAGUCCGCUCUCCAAGCUGCAACAGCGCUGAGGCACCAUACCGCACUGGAACGGCGAAAGAUCAACGGCGAACGGUACGAUUUCACCGAAGUGGCAGGCAUGAUGGAGAACGCGCAUAUCUUGUGUAAAGCUCUGCAGUCGGACUUUACGACAAACCCGGGGGCGUACUUCAGUCUGAUCGCCGCAAGGUGUCUGAACUUUACUGCCGUGCUCAAGAUCCUCGCGAUGUAUGCCUCUGGCGAAUCACUCAGAGGCGUGGGCUCCGAGUGGAACGAGGAGGAGAUGACGCUACAGUUGACUGCCGUAGACGGAACGAAGAAGACGGCGGCAUUCGUGCGGGACUUUGCCGCGGACCUCUUCGCAUUCAUAUCCUUGGACGAGGAUGUGGUGAAGACGCCGCCAAUGGUGUUGGACACCCUCUACCUUGCCUCCAUGGUGCACCACAACGCAUGGAAAGACACGGGUGAUCCGAUCGCCGAGUCGAGUCUGGAAACGACACGGAAGUGUCUCGUGCGCCUCAGUGGCAGGUGGAGGCUUGGCAAGGAGCUCCUGGACAUGAUGGAGUCUCAUGAGGCACACUACAUUGUAGGCUCCAACUUCUCAAGCAGUAGACUCAGUGGCAUUCCGUUAGUUGUCAUGAACAUGUCCUAA